AUGGCGAAUCUCGUGGAGGCAACGACCAAACAACAGUUUGAAGAAUUUCUAGCCAAAGCAGGAAAAAGCCUGGCUGUGGUGCACUUCCAGGCGGCAUGGGCUCCUCAGUGCGGCCAGAUGAACGACGUGAUGGCCGAGCUGGCCAAGGAGCACACGCACACCACGUUUGUCAGGCUGGAGGCGGAAGCGGUGCCGGAGGUUUCGGAGAAGUAUGAGAUCGCAUCUGUCCCCACUUUCGUUUUCUUCAAAAGUGGGCAGAAGGUGGACCGCUUGGACGGCGCCCACGCUCCAGAGCUGACCAAGAUGGUGCAGCGCCUGGCGGUGGCCGGCGGCUCCGGCGGGGCGGACGGCAGCGCCACAGACCCGAACCAGCGGCUGAAGAAGCUGAUCAACGCGGCCCCCUGCAUGCUCUUCAUGAAGGGGUCGCCGCAGGAGCCCCGCUGCGGCUUCAGCCGGCAGAUCGUGGCCCUGCUGAAGGAGCACAGCAUCCAGUUCAGCAGCUUCGACAUCCUGUCCGACGAGCAGGUGCGCCAGGGGCUCAAGACCUACUCCAACUGGCCCACCUAUCCUCAGCUGUAUGUGAAUGGAGAGCUGGUGGGUGGACUGGACAUAGUGAAGGAGCUGGCUGAGUCUGGAGAGCUGGAGAACACCUGCCCAAAGGCUGUCACCCUGGAACACCGCCUAAAGACCAUCAUCAACCAGAGUCCAGUCAUGCUGUUCAUGAAAGGCAACAAGGAGGCUGCAAAAUGUGGCUUCAGCAGGCAGAUACUGGAGAUUCUGAAUGGCACCGGACUGGAUUAUGACACCUUUGACAUCCUGCAGGAUGAAGAGGUGCGUCAGGGCCUCAAGACGUAUUCUAACUGGCCGACCUACCCCCAGCUGUAUGUGAAAGGAGAGCUGAUCGGAGGCUUGGACAUAGUCAAGGAACUGAAAGAGAGCGGAGACCUGCUGUCGGUGCUGAAGGGGGAGUCGUAGGUGGUUCGGCCACACCAUCAGAACCAGGGAACAACAGUCUGCCACCGAUCGACCUUCCGUCACCGAUCCAACACUAAAACAUGUAGAGUUAAUAAUGAAAUUGUUCGCUUAGAACAGAAUGUGGAUAGAUUCAUGUGCUUGACAUCAAAAAUGAAACAGCAGAUGAGAAAGUAUUUACUAAAAUUGUGCAUCAGAUUAAAACUAAUUACCUCUGUG